GCUCUCGCUCUCGCUCUCGCUCACAGAGGCACAGCGCCGCCCCCUCCCCCAGCCAUCUCACUCUCACCUCGGUUCGCCGCCUCCGCCGCCGCGCCUCUCGCCGCGUCUCCUCCGCUCGUCGUCCCUCGCGUGCUCGUCGCCAGCGUUCUUGCUCCCUCUGCCUCGUAUUCCGCUCGUCCGCCAUCACUGCACCCAACGCCUGGUGUGCUCCACUGCUCGCAUCUUGCAUCUCUUCCUGCAGCUGUGCUUCCUGGUGACUGCUCGCGUCUCGCCGCGCCUCCGUCCCUCCUUCACCUCUCUUCCGCGGGUGUUGCUGCCUGCACUACAUUGCUCGAUUCUGCCGCUGCAACAACAGUCAACAUCGAACAAAACGAAUAAGCCCACUGAGCUUGAUUGCGCCUCUCAGUCCUGUAUCUGAAUCACAAUCAUGGAGGAUCAACCUGCAACACCACCACCAGCAUCAUCAUCAUCAUCAUGCUGGAGCAGCGUGCUGAAGAAUCAGGCAACUGCGAAGCCACCUCAGCAACAAUCCAUUCAGAAUGGUCGAGGCUUGGUCGAGAGCUGCAAAUCUGCCCAUGGCGUUUCUGUGGCUGUUGUUGACGCCAACGCCGUCAUUGACGGCGGCGAGAAGCUACACAGCCUUGCCGACAAGUUUGUGUCCGUCCCUGAAGUCAUGGAAGAAAUCCGUGACCCUGUUUCGCGCCACAAACUUUCCUUCCUUCCAUUCACUAUCGAUACCAUGGAGCCCACUCCUGAAGCUAUCAACAAAGUUGUCAAGUUUGCUAGGGCUACUGGUGACCUGCAAACUCUUUCAGAUGUUGAUCUCAAACUCAUAGCUUUGACUUACACUUUGGAGGCUCAAAUCCACGGGACACAAAAUCUCAGGGAAAGUCCACCUCCUGUUCAAACGGUGAACGUUCCGAGGUUGCCUGAGAAGGACAUGCCUGGGUGGGGUUCUAAUGUGCCUAAUAUGGAGGAGUGGGAAGCAUUGGAGCAUCAAGCUGAGGACAAGUCGAAUUCCAAUUCAAGGAUCCUUCCUUUGAAGGACUUAAACCUGAAUGUUGUUUCUCAAGAAGAUCCUUCAGAAGAUGGUUCAGGGGAACAUAAAAGCGAAACUUCCUCAUAUAUUCAACAGCAUCUUGAGUUAGGAUCAAGUAAGCCUAAGAAAUAUCAACCUAAGAAAAAGGAGAUAAAUAUUGAAGGCAAGAUCAUGGUGGCUGCUGGAAUUGAUGCAUCUCAAGGACAAGUUGAUGGCGACGAGGGUGAUUGGAUGCCUGCUGUCAGCCGAAGUACUCAUAGGAGAUUUCUACGAAGGAAAGCUAGACGUGAGUUGUAUGACACAUUAUCCAGUAAUCAAGAUCAGCAAGAUUUGGAAGAAAAUGUCGAUGAUGUUACUGAAGAUGCUGGAGCUUUGUCUCAGCACAUUCAUCAAAAUAAUGACGGAAACCAUAUUCGAAGUGGUGUUUCUGUGAAUGAUCAGAUAAUAGAAGAGAGUGAAAGUAAUGAAAUGCUCCCUGCACUUAUGAAGCAAAUGAUGCUAGAAGGUUCACCUGAAGUUCUUGAUGAUGAACAAAACCCAGGUUUCUCUAAACCUUGUGAGACAGAUACAGUCAACGGCGAAUCAAACCACCUGGAGCAUGCAAGCCAGACUAGUGAAGUUACUGAUUUGUCAUAUGCAGAUGAUGAUAGUAGUGAACAAAGUUGGAUGGUUCGAUCAUUAUCUGAAUCAAGUGUAGCCUGUGUAACAGGUGACUUUGCAAUGCAAAAUGUUCUUCUCCAAAUGGGUUUGCGCUUGCUGGCGCCUGGAGGUUCACAGAUACACCAACUACACAGAUGGAUACUCAUGUGUCAUGCCUGCCGCACUGUUACUGCUGAUAUUGGGAGGAUUUUCUGUCCAAAAUGUGGAAAUGGUGGUACCCUACGUAAGGUAGCUGUUACUGUUGGUGAAAAUGGUAUAGUGAUGGCAGCCCGUCGACCUCGAGUAACAUUACGUGGUACAAAGUUUUCACUGCCUCUACCCAAAGGCGGCAGGGAUGCAGUCACAAAGAACCUGAUUCUCCGCGAAGAUCAGCUUCCUCAACGGGUACUUUAUCCCAAAACAAAGAAGGCUAACAAGAAGGAUGAUGACAUUUUCGCAUCAGGCAGUGUCUUCACCCACCACACAGAUAAGCGAGCUCCUUUCCAGCCUCCCAUAAGGAAAGCAUUAGCAGUUUUUAGUGGCAGGAGAAAUCCCAAUGACAAUCACUACUCCGGUUCUAGACACAAGUAGUGGAUAUGUCUCAAUUUUUUUUGGCUAUUCUCUUCACCACAAUUUUGUUUCACUUCUUUGUUUUGUGGAGUUAACAUGGAAAGUUUGUUUAGUUAUAAAACAAUGAUUAAGGGUUUGAUGUUGUGUCCAGAUCCCUUGAUUACCCCUCUUAUGAUUGUGUUAUGUGUGGAUACAGCUGAAGAACUAUUAACGUAUAAAAACUAAAGUUUUGCCCUUCAUUUCUUCCAUAUGUAUAU